CUGUCAAAUGAUCCUAAACUGACAGCUGAAAAAACAAGUUCAACUUAAUACGUCAACCCUAUUGCAUACCAACUGUGUAAGAAUAUAUACUGCAGUGCAGGCUAAACUGGGACGCUACAAACGUUUUUUGAACCAUUUCAGCUUUUUGUCUUGACAGUGAAUACGGCAACAUCAUAAAGAUGAUAAAACCGCUCUCAAAGUAACAUUGCAUGUCAACCCAGUUCAUACAGGAACAUGACAUCUGUAUACUGUUUCACACAAUUUCUUUAAUUCAAGAUACUGUAAUGACAGUGCACAGUGUGUCUCUCUCAGGAGGAAGUGUCUAAAGAACCAUCCUCAAUGCAUCCCAUCAGCCUCCAGAGACACCUGAGUUAAGUGUCAACACAGUCAGUUCAGCUGUCUGUCUCUCGCACUAAUGUUCAGAAAUCUCGCUGUCAGCUCUAUUUGUCAACCAUCACAUGGACUCUGGGAUGUAUAUACGCUUUCAGAGGUGUGCAUUGAAUAUUUAUUUAUCUAUACAUAUACUGUACAGUACAUCUGCUGAAAAAAAUAUUUUAUAGGUAUGGGUAAAAUGAUCAUUUUGUUUUUAUGGUGUUAUAUUGUGUAAGUUCGUUGUAUUUUAUUUAUGAUUUAUUAUUAUUUGAUGAAAACAACCCAACUGCAGUUUGAUUGAUAUUAAUUGCCUUCGAAUGCACCAUAAAAAACAUGAUAUUUGAAAAACUUGAGUUAUCUGUUUUUAUUAAAAAAAAGAACUUUUCACAUAUAGAAAUAUAUGACGAGUUUAUUUCCAGUUUUUACAUUUUUUCAAAAAUCAGUUUUUUUUAUUGUGCAUUCCAAUUUGUUUCGAUUUAAGCCAUAAUAACUAAAAAAAACAGCUAAAAACACAAUAAAAACAUGUUUUUUUAAUGAUUUUAAAAACGGAGUUAUCUCAUUUUGGAAAUAAACUCUUUAUAUAUAGACAGUAUAUAAAGUUAAAGUAUAUGAGUUUUUAUUUUUAAUCCAUAUUUCAAAAUGAGUGGUUAGUAAAUGAUGUCAUCUGUAAGCCGAGGACAGGCCGUAACGUGUUCUGAUGAGAAACCUGGUGCUGUGGCGUUGUGUCUUUGCUAAUGAGUUAAGCUGCUAACUAGUCCACGAUUAAUGAGUCUGGUGGGGUUAAUUAUUUGUCCGUGUGUGAAAAUGCUUGUUCAGCGCUUGUGUCCUAAUGCAUGCAGAUCUCUGGUGGAAUCUCGCUGGCCUUUCACGGCAUGUUCUCCUGCCACACGAGGGCCAGGAUGGAGCAGAUGUUGUUGAAAUUUAUUUGGUAACCAUGGUGAUAGAGGGGGUUUGAGAUCAGUGAAACGUCACAGAGAACGUUCAGAGAGAAGCUUCAUAAAUGAUUAGCGUCAAAAAGACUUCGAGUAGCCAAUCGAUCGGUUUUCAGGCGAGUCAUGGUCGUUCCGGGCAAACCCAUGACCUCUGCUCAGCGUAUGGUUUCAUCUCCUCUCUACAUCACCGUCUACAUGUUACUGGUGCUGCUGGGGAAUGUGGGUAAUGCCACCGUCAUUGGUGUGGUCGGAGAAAGCAUUCUGCGGGAUCCAGGAGUCGUCCGCAGCUCUGAUAUCAUUCUGGUCAACAUGGCUUUCUCCAACCUGAUGGUGUCGUUGGCCAGAAACUCUCUUCUGGUGGUGUCUGACCUGGGAAUAGAGAUUUUCCUGAAUAAAGACUGGUGUCGUUUCAUGAUGGGCGUCUGGGUUUGGUUGCGCUCUGCGAACGUUUGGUCGACGUUCUUUCUCAGCGCGUUUCAUUUUCAAACUCUUCGCCGGGUUGCUCCACCCGUCGUCAACCUGCACGGCCCCCGCAAGCUUCCAAAAUCCCUCAUCCUCUGCUUCUUCCUGAUCUGGAGUCUCAAUCUCAUCUACUCCAUCCCAGCGUUUAACUUCUCCAAAAACGGAGACGAAAACUCCACCGAGUCGUUGAUGUUGGUGAGCAGCACGACUCGACCGUUGUUGGGUUGUGUUUGGGAUUUUCCAUCAGUUUACAGCGGCUUGGUCUUCGCCACCUCCUCCAUGGUGAUACACGAGAGUAUUCCCAUCUUCCUGAUGAGCAUCACUAAUGUGGGAUCCCUGCUGACGCUCUAUUCCCAUGGACUGACACGGAACGCCGCUCACAAGAGUCAGGAUGCACCAAUCACCAGUCGGAUCCCUGCUGAGAGACGGGCGGCUAAGGUGAUUCUGGCUCUCAAUCUUCUCUUCAUCGCCUCAUGGGGCACCAGCAUCAUCUCUGUCAACUACUUCAACUAUAACCGCGGAUCAUCUGCUGAGUUUCUGCUUAUCAUUGCCCGCAUCGGCAACAUCACCUUCAUCGCGCUGUCGCCCAUCGUCCUCGCCGUGGGACACCGGAGACUCCGAGCGUUCAUCAAGUCAGUCCUGUCUCGUGUAGUCUGACACACAGACAGCAGUCUCUCUCAACAGAAAGCUUUUGAAUAGCAAAGAGUUUUUCUGAAUCAUGAAAAUAACUCAAGUAUGAUUAUGUGUAUAACGUUUGAAUUUGAUCUUUAAUAAAGUUGCAUUUUCUGUCGAUCUUGAGAUUCCGUGACAUUAAGAGCUUAAGGUGUCACUUCAGUAACAGUGGAAGAUCUUGUUUCAUCCUGAGGGAAUUCUGUAUGUGGUUGAGACAUCUGUCCAAACAUUAUUCACAGGUCCAGAGUACUGAGCUGUUGUAUAUCUGCUCGUGUGUGUCUACUGACACCUAGGGACCAACAACUAUUACAGGCUCCAUUUAAAAAGAGACAAAACUGAGAAUUCUGUCGUGGUUUAUUCAUCCUCAUGUCAUGUCGAACCUGUGUGAGUUUCUUCAGAGAUUUUGAAGAAGAACACUGAACUCCAUUGACAUCUAUUGUAUGGACACAAAACCACUGGGGCAUUUCUCAAGAUAUCUUCUGUUGUGUUCCACUGAUUUAUAACAACACGAGGGGGAAUAAAUGAUGACAGAGCGUUUUUAUAUAUUUUAAUGUCAAUUGUUCCUUUAGUAGAUGAAUGUAAAUGUAGAUGUGUGAAAUGUGUAGGAUCAGAAUUGAACCCUUUCAUGCAUAACGUCAAUCAGGAUUAGAUUCAAGUGUGAAUUCACUGGUGUAUAUUUGCAGAUGUGUUCUUGAGUUUUUGGGAUGAUGCUCUAGUGUCUCCACAUACAUAAGAAAUGACUUUUUUGAUAGCUGUGCACUCUAGUGAUCUGUGUGUGUGUGUGUGUGUGUGUGUGUGUUCAUGUUUGUAUAUCCCGGUGGGGACCUAAACCUGAAUACACACCAACACAUGGGGAAUCGUGUCACUGUGGGGACCAAAAUUGAGGUCCUCAUGGGCACAAAAGCUUAUAAAUUGUACAGAACAAUAUUAAAAAAAAUCUCAAAAUGCAAAGUUUUCUAUGAUCUUUAGGUUUAGGGAUAGGGUUAGGGAUAGGGGAUAGAAUAUACAGUUUGUACAGUAUACAAAUCAUUACGCCUAUGGACUGUCCCCACGGAGAUAAUAAACCGU